UCUUCUUCGCUGCUCUGGGCUUCGGCAGAGGCGCGAUGGCCGCCCGCGGCGGUCCAUCCGAGGUGCCGAGCCCCCGGGGCUCCCCACGGCAGGAGCUCCGGGCUCCUCGCUCGGCGGGGCCGGGCAGCGGGGAGACUCCGCGGACAGCGGCGCUCGCGUUGCGUUUCGACAAGCCUAUCAAACAGGCUUUCUACAACACGGGCGCCGUACUGUUCGUGUGUCUGUGCUGCGGCGCUGCGGUGCUGGUCUACUUCAUCCUCGAGGCCUUUCUGCGGCCGCUGCUGUGGGCCGUGUUGUGUGGUACCUUUUUGCAUCCUUUCAAGAGCUCGCUGACGCGCCUGGGCCGCCACUGGCUCCAGCGCCUGCACCGCGCGCACACACCCGUCGUACUGGGCGCGCUGCUGCUGCCGCUCUGCUUCGCAGACUACGGCGUAGAGGCCCUGGGCGAGCAGGCGCUGCGCCGCCGCCGCUUGCUGCUGUUGCUGGGCGCGGGCGGCCCGCUGCUCUACGGCCUCUACUGGCUGGGCAGCUAUCUGGGCGUGCAGGUGCUGCUGGCGCACGCGGGCGUGCUCAUCUGCCGCGGGCUGGACUACUUCAACAGUCUGUGGAUCUGGACCUUGGUAGUUGCCUAUGUGUUGACUGUUUCAUUCAAGUGGAAUGCAAGUACUGAACGCUACUUGAGAGCAAUUUCAGUUCCUGUCUGGAUUAUAUUGCUUUUUCAUUUAGCAUCCCUGGCUGGCUCAUGGAGAAUUCCAGUAUUCCUGGUUAUUGUUUUCCUGAUGUCUGUGGGUACCCUCUAUGAAAAACAGAAUGAAAAAGAGUCUGCUGGGGCAGAAUUGCCAGGGCAGGUGAUCUCUAUGGCAGCUUCGACUCUAGCGAACUUGGCUAUCUCCAUCACAGGGUAUGAGUCAGGCAGUGAGGACCAGACCUCCGCCCAGCCUGCAGAAACCACAGACAAGGGAGAAUCUCCUCCAACAUUAUCCACUUCUUCAUCCUCCUCUCCUUCCUCCCCUUCUUCCCCUUCACCCACUCUGGGAAGACAGAGGCCUGAGAUUGGAUCUUUGCUGAGGAAGAAGAAGACCAGUGACAUCUACUUUGUGUCCCUUGUCUGGGCCAUCAUUGUCGUCCAGAUCUGGUUGAACCUGUGGAUUGUGCAGUUGCUGCCUGUGCCGAUUGCAGUCUGGAUAAUCAAAAAGCUUGUCAUUCACUUCGGUGUUGUGGACUUCCUAGAGAAACGCUGCCGCGAAUGGUGGCAGGUCAUCCAGCACUUUCUGAAGGAGCGGCAGGAGGCUCUAGCACCAUGGCCAAUCAUUGGGCUUGGGAAAUUCUUACUAAAAGUUGACAGCAAGCUCUGGCACUGGCUAAAUAAGAAGAUGAUCAUCUGGUUGGAGAAGAUGUUAGAUAAAAUAAUUAGCAUUUUUAUCAUAUUUUUGUUAGUAAUAGGAACCCUUCUUCUAGCUCUUCUUCUGACUGCAAAGGUACAUCAAGAAAGUGUACACAUGAUUGAAGUCACAAGUAAUUUGAUUAAUGAAACUCUAGCAAAUCACCCUGAGUGGGCAAAUUGGCUUCCUGAGGCACAGGUAGUCCAAAGAGCCCUAAAUUCUGCGGCUAACAAUGUGUAUCAGUAUGGACGAGAAUGGAUAACCCACAAGCUUCAUAAAAUUCUAGGAGACAAGGUGAACAAUACUGCUGUAAUUGAAAAGCAAGUACUAGAACUCUGGGACAGACUCUAUCAUUCUUGGUUUGUAAAGAAUGUAACACAUUCUGGAAGACACAAAGGGCACAAGAUGCAUGUAAGUCGUCAGAACAGCUGGCUUGGAGACAUUCUGGAUUGGCAGGAUAUUGCCUCCUUCGUGCAUGAGAACAUUGAGACAUUUCUUUCGAUCCUGGAGUCGCUGUGGAUUGUUAUGAGCCGGAACGUGAGCCUGCUGUUUACCACGGUCACCACGCUCCUAACCAUCCUCUUCUACAGCGGCACUGCCCUCCUCAACUUUGUGCUCUCUCUGAUAAUUUUCCUGACCACACUAUUUUAUCUGUUAAGUUCCAGUGAUGAGUACUACAAACCAGUGAAAUGGGUGAUAAGCCUGACACCACUGUCUCAGCCAGGCCCAUCUUCUAAUAUUAUUGGCCAGUCUGUGGAAGAGGCUAUCAGAGGGGUGUUUGAUGCCUCCCUCAAAAUGGCUGGCUUCUAUGGAUUGUACACCUGGCUGACCCAUACUAUAUUCGGUAUCAAUAUUGUCUUCAUACCAUCAGCUUUAGCAGCAAUCCUUGGAGCAGUGCCCUUUCUGGGAACAUACUGGGCAGCCAUCCCUGCAGUUUUAGACUUGUGGCUGACUCAAGGAUUGGGAUGCAAGGCCAUUCUGCUGUUAGUGUUUCAUCUCUUGCCAACUUACUUUGUAGAUACUGCAAUCUACUCUGAUAUAUCAGGCGGUGGCCAUCCAUACCUGACAGGGUUGGCAGUGGCUGGCGGAGCUUACUACCUAGGCCUAGAAGGAGCAAUUAUUGGGCCCAUACUGCUCUGUAUACUUGUGGUGGCUUCCAAUAUCUACAGUGCCAUGCUAGUGAGCCCCACGAAUUCAGUGCCCACACCAAGCCAGACACCGUGGCCAGCUCAGACUCAGCGGACUUUCCACGACAUCUCUGAAGAUCUGAAAUCUUCAGCAGACUGACAUGGUUUCCCUGUGGUGAUUCUCUAGGAAGUUCCCUCUUGACAGUGAGUGCAGCUCAGCUGGGGCCUUCUGUUCUUGCAGCUGUGCCUGGAAGGCAGAGGCCAGAAAAGGAGAAGAUCUUGGCCUUAUUACAGAAUCCUUGACAAGAGAGAACUUGCUGUGGGCAUAUUGCAUUUUAAAAUACAGCUUGAGAGUUCAAAUAUGUGUUCGCUCACUUAACUAUGACUAAGAUGGCUUGAAAAGUUUCAGUUUAUACACUGGUACCAUGGGUUGACAUUGUUCCACUUUAUAUCUGUUAUUAUGAUAUGUAUUUAUAAAGUUAUUUUAAGAACUGUAAACUGCUGUUAAAAAGAAUAUACGAUAUAAUUUUCUUUGCUUUAUGAAAUGUUUAUAGCCUUUUCUAUGACACUUUUCAACAGAGUAUGUAGUUAUGUGAGCAGGAAAAAUGAACCCUCUGUCCUUUUAGCACAGUGUGCCAUUCCCUCUUUGACAAUGAACAAACCUUAGGUGUAAGAGUGGUGUGACUUAUUUGAUGUUCCCCUGUGUGCUGCAACCAGAGACAAAGUCUGAAGCUUCCCCCUCCACCUCCCUCAUGCCUCAUUAUUACAGUAUUGCCAAAAUUCUAAACCUUGGCUGACCACAUUAUAACAAAUGAUAACAAUAUGAUAUUAUUCAUGCUAUCAUUAGUUUUUCUUUUUUUUUUUUUUUUUUUUUGUGGUACUGGGGAUUGAACUCACAACCUUCCUUAUGCCACUGAGCUAAAUCCCUGGCCCCAUCAUUACAUUUUUCUUUUCAAUAUUUUAGGUAAAAAUCUCAGGUAUAGUGGUACUCUUGAUUUGUUCAAUGUAUCCGUAUUAUUUGGAGCUCCACCACUUAGGUAUUUAAUAGUAUCUUGUAUUUUCUGUAACUAUGCACAGUGCCUUGCUCAUAGGACUCAAGAUGGAUGCUUGCUGAAUUGAAUUGUAACUUGUACAAUGUCUCAUAUAUUACACUAACCAACAUAAUGCUUUACAUUUUAUGCAGUCCUUUUGUGCUUAGUAGGGCAUGACCUCUUCAAAUCUACUUUAAUGUAGGUGUCUAUUCCUUUACAAAGUUUCACACUGGUGGCAAACCCUAGUGUUCAGCAAGAGUCACACAUUUAGUGAGAUUUGGAAGCUCUGCUAUACUUUAGAACAUUUGUUCUAAGAUUUUACACGGUUUCUCCUAUACUGCGAGCUGGAAUAGAUGUUGCUGUCUGUGUGUAAUGAGUGAAAACUUAUUGAACAGUUAAUGAUACCAUUGAGACUUAAACCCAGCUCUUUUAUAUCCUUUCCACUGAUCAAAACAGUCAGCAGGCACUUCCUGUGUUCUUAAAGAACCGUGGCGUGGGAAAUGUGCUUUAAGAGAACAUUUAAAAGUAGAAAUAGGCAGAUAUGGUGGUGUUUGCCUGUAGUCCCAGCACUUGGAAAGCUGAGGCAGGAGGAUUGUGGCGAGUGUGAGGCCAGCCUAGGCUACAGAGUGAGUUCAAGGCCAAACUAUAUAGCAAGACUUGCCAAAAAACAAAAGAACAAAGAAAGAAGCAAAAAGAAGACUAAAUAAAUAAGAUGGGAAGUAAUAUUUUUCCAAACAGUCUCGUUAAACAGUUAAUUAUAAGCUUAAAUUUAUUUUUAUGUCACUUAGGAAAAACUCCAUUUAGAAAAGGCUAUAUGAUGUCUUUUGACUAUUAUUAUACAUUAUGCUACAUUAAAGUCUUUUAUUCAUAUGAGUCCUUCAACAUUUAUAAUUUAUUACUUUGUCAACUGUUCAUUUGAUCAUUAAAUAACUUAGUUUCUUCUUCAAUCAGUUAUUUGGUGAUUAAUUCAUUAACACAUUUCUUGAGAGUUUGUUAAACUCCAAGCUCCAAGCCGAAGACUGUACAGGGUGCUGUAAGAGAUAACAAUAUAUCAGGCCUCUCUCACCUGAAAUCUUAGCCAGAUCAUGUGUGAUACUAAAUUUGAGUGUUUUGCAUUAAAAGGGUUAAAACAGGAAGUAGGUUUUUGUUAACUACAUAGUGGUAAAUUUAUAGCUAUAAUUAGCAUAUAAGAGAAACAUUUUACUCAGUGCAUUAGUAUGCAUAUACAAAUUAUGUUUCUUCAAAGUGCUUUAAGCUGUGUAAAGUAAAAUUGCAAUAAACUAAACUUGAGCUUAUGUAUGACUGUUGCUGGCCUAAGUAUUAGUAUGAAUGCCAAGUUCUUAGAGGGGAACUGCAAGCCCUGUGAGCGGAUAGCAGCAGUGAUGUGAUACCACCUCGACACAGCAAGAAUAGAAGUGCCCCACAGUACCUAGUGCUGAUCAGGAAACUUGAACUGUUCCAUUGCCUAAGGACUAGGACCCUAGGGACCAGUCUACCAGCUAGGGAGGCCAAAGCCAGAGAGAAGCACCCUGGCAUGCAUCCACAGGUACUGAAUGGUUUUACAGAAUGUACAUAGGGCAUGUUGGGAGAUCAGAUGGUAUGGAAAGUUAGAGACCUAAGCUCAAGAUAAACUGCCCUAAACUCUGCAUCAGAAUUUGACCCAGAAAGAGAAAGUUUCCCUACGGCUGGACAAUGCAUCAAAGAAGUAGAAGCAGCUUCAGUAAAAACUGAGUACAGAAAUGUCAUAGUAUUUUGCAUUCCAUAAGUUAAAGAUCAGUUCCAAGUUCACACUACUCAGUUGAAAGCUAAAUGGUUGGGGGCAGGGUUAAAGCCCAGCACAGGUAAAGCCCUCUUUUCUGAGAGACAGGGUAUAGGACUUUCAACAUAAAUUCCACAUUAUGUAAGUCCUGCUUAAAUUCCACAAUGUAUUCCUGGAAGGAUCUUUGUUAAACUGCCUUUGGUGCCAGUUUUAAAUACUAAAAUUGAGGUUUCCUAAACUGUCUUUGUGAGAGGCGUUUAACUGCUAGUUUUUCCUCAGGUUCUGAGAGCUAGGGUAGGUUGACUCUUGACUGUGGAAAGACACCCAAGAUGGGGUAUCUGUAUUUGGGAACUGUAUAAUUAAACAAACUCUGUAGUCUUUGGAAAUGGCAGCUAUUUAUUCUUGUUAAAGUGCUGCUACAGGGCUUGCAAACGAGGGCUUCUGGUUAGCCUUGUAACGUGGACUUUCAAAUACUUGAGGCUUUCACUUUCGUCAUAUUACGGCUUCAGGAGCCUGUCAUUGCUGGGCAAGAACUGUUCAGAAAUCCAGACCAUGAAGAGUUAGUGCAUAUUAAUUUAGGGGAGCUGUCAAAGAUUUCAACCUGCAGGUUUAUGAGAGUCCCGCAAGACUCUUUCACAGUAUUAAAAUGGGACUUUGAGUGUAUAUACCAGAAAUAGCUUCCAGCAACAUCUUCCCAAUGUGCUAAUUCUAGUUAUAAACAAGUACUUUUUAAAAAUCAAUUUAUCUUUACACAUUUUUCCAUCAUAAAUACUUAUUUCAUUAAAUCAUUGAUUAUUGAAAGCCUGGAAAAAUACAUGUAUCUGAAGGCACACAGCAGCUCUUUUAAAGUAAUCAAGAGAAUUAUAAAUCAAAAUGGUCUAUCUAGUAGAGUCAUAGAAGUUCUGUGCCUGAAUGUACCUUAUAUAUAAAUGAUCCUGUCAUUUUCCAGAGAAGGAAAUAAAGUUGUAGGUUACAGGAGCUUGACAUACACAGCUAGUUAAUAAUAGAAGAGUUAUAAAAUUCAUAGGUUGAAUGCUUCUUUUCCUUUUUAUCCACGUUCAACUUCUCUUUCCCUUUUCUCAUAAUUGAGCAGCUUUGGGCAAAAUGUGUUUCUGACACCAAUGAUUCUACGAGAUGUUAAUACAUAGAAGAGAAAAAAGUAUGUGUGUGUGUGUGUGCGUGCACAUGUGCACGUGCACGCAUGUGUAGCCUAUUGAGGAAUGGUGAAUUUGUUUCCUUUCCCUGGGACUUCUAAGAGUUUUUAACAUAUUAUGACCCAUUGUGAAUCUAUACUAAGGACAAAAACUGUGGUUUGCUGUAGUGUGCCCCCUUCCUCCUUUUUUCUGAGCGUUUCAAGGGACCAUGUCCUUUAGGAAAGACACCUCUUGAUCAAGUUUACAACUUUUUUUUUUUUUUUAGGAGAGAUAUCCCAGUGGAAUCACCGAAUGGUGAAUUUGUUCCUCUGAUACCAUGCAAUCUCUAAUAAAUUUCACUGUUUAGUUUGAUAGUAGCAAGAAAGCAUAUUUAUGGUUCAGAACUAUAUUUAAAAGUAUAGAGGUUCUUUUCUGCCUGUGGUGUGUACAAUCAUUAUUUGUGUUUAAUUUGCACAUAUUUCAAGGAUCAAUUAAUUAAUGUGCAAAUACCAUAGUAAUAUAUUGAGAUAAGAUUUUAAUAAUGCUUUUGUAUGGCUCUUUAACAUUUUCAGAUGUCUUUGGGUACAACCCUGCGAGCCUAGGCAGUAUUAUAAAUCAUUGCACAGAUAAAGCAUUAGAGGCUCUGAAAGGGUAUUUCUCAUCUUUUUUUUAGUGGUUUUUGUUUUUGUUUGGUUUUUCCCUUCUAAAUUUAUAUUACAAAAGAAUAGAGCCAGAACUUGGUUGCAUGAGUAUGAUUCCAGAUCCAGAGUUCUUUAUACCUGGUCUGUUAUAGAUUUAUAAGGUACAGUGAGCCAGGCGUGGUGGCACAUGCCUGUAAUCCCAGUGCUCACGAAGCUGAGCACUGGGCAAGAGGAUUGCCACAAGUUUGAGGCCAGCCUGAACUACAAAAUGAAAUUCUGUCUCCAAAGGAAAAAAAAGAAAGAAAAGAAAAAACAAAACAAAAACAGAGAAAGGUAUGGAAGCAACAUCUUUUUGUCUUAUGAAAUACCAAUUCUUUUGUAUUAUAGUGAUCUAAAAGUAUUACUUUUACUGUAAUUUUCCCAGAGAAAACCCUUCUUUGUUCUUUGGAGUGCCACUUGGUUAAGUGACUGGUGUGUAUUUCAAAUAUCAUUUGAUUGUGAAAUUAAUAUUGGACAGUGGUUGUAAUUAUAUAAUGUUGAAAUUGUAUAAUCUUUGCGUUCUCAGGUAAAGAAGAGACGCUUUGAGUAAGAAAGAAUAUUUGAAUAUGACAAAUAUUUAUUACACAACCAUUUCUUACCUUUAACUCGCUUUGACAACCUACUGAUGUAACUUCUUUGAAAAAUGUAGAAUAUUUAUAUUUUGAAAUAAAGUUUACUAGUGUUGAAUGAAUCAGUAA